AUUUAUACAAGUUUUAUAUUUACCACAGAGUUAUCAAUGUUACUGGUUGCUUCCGCUUUUAUUUUUCUUGCGUAUGUAUUAUUUGAUGUUAAUUAUUACAUAAGAGGGAUAGUUACACUAUUUAUUGCGCAAAUUAUGUGCACGAGGAGGAGGCAUUCUUCAGAGGAAAUUGUAACCUAUGGUAUUUGUCUCCCAAGUGACCUGGAUAUGUUUUGUCAUAUGAAUAAUGCUCGUUACUUAAGGGAGUUUGAAUUUGCACGUUCAUUUUCUUUGAUCAUAAUGGGAAUGUUCAAAGCUUGUAGAGAAUUAAAGGGAACUGGAGUGCUGAGUGCUGUUUCAGUUCGCUACCGUCGCAGUAUAAGUCUGUUUCAAGUAUUUCGUGUCCGAAGUAAGAUAGUUUAUUGGAAAGACAAGGAUUUUUACAUGGAGCAGCACAUAGAGACAAUCCAUGACAGUUUUGUACGAGCCGUCUGCUUGUCCCGUUUAUCCAUGCUGAAUGGAUUACAUGUUCAUGAUGUGUUGAAUAAAAUGAGUGGAGGCAUGAAUUCACCUUUGCCAGAACCAUCUGAAGACUUGCUGUUGUGGAUUGAUUCAAAUCAAACAUCAAAAAAGGAACCGUACUAUCAAGAAAAAAAUGUGAGAAUGUUGACUUAAACUUUAAACCUUUCUAGUCAAACUAACAUAAGCUCAAGUAUUGGUCAAUUUUCAAAAUCACAUUCAAAAUGAGCUUCACAUUUCAUAACAUCGCAGAAAGAUUAUCCAAAAGUGUUAUUUAAAACGGAUACUUACAUGUAUUUUUUGAUCAUACAGAAACAUUAAAAAAAUACCAUCAUAUUCAUCGCAGACAUUGUAAUGUUGUAAGUUUGAAGUAACAAUGAGGAAACAUUUACUAAACAGUCCUUUGAAUAUUUUUUGAUAGUAAUAUUACCAGUUUAUUCCUCUGAACAUUAAAAAUUUUUGAUUUUCUCAUUAAAUAAAAUUCAGUCGAUACAUUUUCAGAGUAACUAAACUGGGGCAUACAAUAGAGGUGUCACCAGGUUCUUUCAAUAUGAUAUCAAUCAUGGUUUUCUAUUCUGAUUUUUCAAGACACCAACUAGAGAUUCAGGGCAUGGUGACUCAUCUGUCAUACAAUAAGUAAUGCUGAUAAAUGCUACUUUCCUCACGAAGUAAAACCUUGUAUUUUACAGAUAUAUUACAUAUUUCUUCAGAAUUGAAGAUAAGCUACUGUUUGUAAAAUAUUGAACACUUUACAUUGACAGUACCAAGCCCACUUACAAGGUGUUACAUAUUACAAGACAGUGAACAUUUCAAAAUUUUAGAUGCUCUGAAAUGCAUUCUGGUGAAUUUAUGAUAAGAAUUUAAUAAUAAAAAUUCGGUAACUUUUACAUCCACUGAUUCUUACUUUUUUCAACUUGUUAAGCAAGUGAAUUAACAAGCUCAAGAAUUUUAUACUUUCAGACCUUUAUUUAAGUUGUAUAUCAUUACAUCCAUUUGUUCUAGUUAAAAAAAAUAUAUAUAUAUAUAUCAAGUGUACCACUAAAGAGGAAAUUUUUAAUGUGGAUAUUUUCUUAGCUUAUUCUAACUAAUUAUACAGCAAAAUGUGCUGAUGACUAUCCUUAUUUAUUGAAUGUUAUUUUUAAGUUUAUCAUAUUCACACAUUGUACAUAAAUAAAUUAUUAUUUAUUGAAAACAAGCUAUAUUUUUUAGAUAUAAAUGAUCUUGAUCAAGAGUAUUUUUAGCUAACAUAUUGCUACCUGGCGAGACAAAGAUGUUAUAUUUUAUAUGGUGAGGUCCAGGGUCAUUGAUUGAUAAAGCUAUUGCCAGUUUUUGCCUUGUUCUUUACAGUUUGUAGCCAAAGUGGUAACUAUUAUAAUUGGUAAAAUGGAGUAUCAAAAGAAAUAUGUUCAUAAAUAUCAAUCUGGUUGAAACUGACUGAAUAUAUAAAAAAUGUAACUUUCUGAUCAACAAUGUCUCACAACAACGUUUUUGGAAAUUUACAACCAAAAAGUUAUAGAAACACUAAUUCAAAUUAUAUUAAUUUUUUAAUAUAUACUGUUUAGUAAGUUUGUCUGUUUCUUGCAACUUGGUUAAGUAUUCUCACUAUGAAAGAAAAAAACUGAAAUGUCACUGACAUCAUUCCAGUCCAACCAAAUUUGAAGCUUUCAUUGGAAAAUUAUCAUUCAUAGUUGUUCUAGGAACAAAGUCCAAUUUGAAAUUACUAGUUAAGUCAAUCAUUGUCAGAAUUGAUACCAUGAAUGCUGAAGCACCUGUAAUCCAAGUACUGAGUCACAUUAGUUCUUGUAAGCAAUAUAGAAGGAAUUACAUACUUUAUUAAAUGAUAAAGGACAAAGAUAUUUUUCUUUUUCUGUAUUGUAGACAAACAUAUUAUGGUAGGACUGUUUUAUCAUUCAUCUAUCCGAGUUUUUACCCAUUUUCAUAUGAACUACUCAUCCAAAAAAUGGGUGGAUGGGUCAUUGGUUAAAAGCCUAGUAUGUACUCAACUGUUGAAAAAUUUUUAUGUUAGUUUUAUAUUUAAUUAUGAAAUUACACUUUAUUUAUUAUUAUUAUUUUACCAAUUAUAGAGUUUUGAUUCAAGGGUGUGUUUCUUGUUUUUUUUCCAUAAGGUAGAUUUUUCUCAUAAAGCUUGAAUUUUAUAAUAGACUAGCAGAUGCUCAUUGAAACAAUUGAACAACAAUUUUCCUAAAAAUAGUGAUGAAUAAAUAUAAAAAUGUGUAGUCAGCCUAAUUCCUUGGGUCAGAGCACACAUGCAUUGUGAUUGUCUAGUUGACUGUUUAAAACCAUCUUUGUCAUACUUUGUGUUAUUUCAAUAAAUGAAAAUUGCAUUGUGUUUGUUUUUCAGCAAAGGAGACUGAAUAUGAUGCAUUGUUGGCAAAAAUAUUUUGUUUUCAAAGCAUGUUAGCAUGUUAGAGCGCUCAGCUUCACUGAGUAGCUGCUGUAUUCCACCAUACCUAGUGCAUGGAAAAACCAUUACAAAAAUGAGUACUUUUUUUUACAGUUGUCAUUUCUAUGAAAAGUGUCAAAGGGGAAAAUAUUCAAUUCAAAUCAAUUUAUUCAGCAUGAUACAAUAAAAUAAUGUAUGUACAUGAUACUGAUAUGGGAAAAAAUGUAAAUAUAUAAACUGAAUAACAAAUAUAUACUCAAACAUAUUCCUUUCUUUAUGUGCUCUUUUGUUUUCGUUCAUGUUGCUAUCUUCAAAAUAGUUCUUUCAAUCAGUUGAAGGAGGAAGUCCUUUUGUUGUUUUUUUCAUGAAAUUUCUUCACACUAAGAAACAUUUUUGUCCUUAAGUUUUUCCUCAGAUUUACUGUUUAGGCAUAUGAAAACUGAUGGAUUGAUGUGAAAUUUUAGGAAUUGCAAAAAAUAAAUAAUUUUUCUGUGCUCUUGAAAGCAUUUGGAUACAUAAGUUAUUUUUCUACGAUUAACCAUUCAAGAGAUAUAGAGCAUGGGAGACAAACAUUUGGUGAUUUAUAUAUAUAUAUAUAUGACUACAUCUAAUAAAUUCAACAAUACAGUUAAUUUUAAUAUGGAUUAGCCAUGAUGAGAAGUUAAAUUGAACUUUUAAAACUAUGUAUAGUAUAAAAUUAUUUUUCAUGUUAGAUACAUAUCUUUAUAUUAACAGGUAUUUUAUUGUUUGCCUUGUGGUUAAGAUAUACAAUAUAUAAUAUAUUAUUUUCUUUUUAUGUAAUAGGAACUAUUUGUGUGAAGAAAUAAUGGUAAUAGCUUAGUUGAGGAAACUUAUAAAAGUUGAUAAAGUACUGGUACUUAAUAGAUGUUUAUUUUUAUAGCUGACAAUUAAAUGUUAAACUAACAGUUUUGGUUUAUGUAACUGUAAUCAUUUUAUGCAAAUAUAAAAUAAA